UAAAUUUUGUUUAUCUUGUUUUGUUUGUGCCACAUAAUCUUGUUUGUUUGUGUCACAACUCAACUCCACUCCCCACUCCGCCGAGUCGAGCUCCACAUAAAUGCAACAAAGCCCAGCCUUCGCGUUUAGGGAACUGGAGACCAGACCGACCUCGCCGCGCGCCAUGUACAUGCGUGACUGGCGCUCUGCUCUGCGUACGCCCACGUAUCGUAUCGGGAAUCGAACAGUUCGCUUUAAUUACCAUUUUGCCCUGCUGGUUGUCUGUGUUGUGGCUCUGGUGCUGCUGUUCUACUUCGCCCGCCAGGGCUCCCGCUCUUCCUCGGACGGCUACUGGCUCCGGAAGAGCAUCGUCGAUGCCAAGAGCCUGGUCACGGAGGCGUACAACUCCACUUACCCACUGACUCCCCCAUUGGGGCUGCGUGGCGGCGUUAUCAACUACCGGAUCGCCAUGAUAGCAGAUCUAGAUACCAGUUCGAAGAUAGCGAAGGCCGACGGCAGCAGUACGUGGCGGAGCUACCUCAAGAAGGGCUACCUCACGUUCACCGUGUCGAAGCCCGAGAUCCAAAUAAGCUGGGAUGACGGAGCGCCCACCGUGCUGGAGUCGGCCUUUGCGCUGAAGGGACGUGGCAUGGAGCUGUCCGAGCUGGUGACCUUCAACGGGCGUCUGCUCAGCUUCGACGAUCGUACUGGUCUCAUAUACGAAAUAGUCAACGACAAGCCCAUCCCCUGGGUGAUAUUGCUCGAUGGAGACGGGCACAGCGCCAAGGGAUUCAAGUCGGAGUGGGCCACGGUCAAGCAGCAGACGCUGUACGUGGGCUCCAUGGGCAAGGAGUGGACGACGAGCAUGGGCGACUUCGAGAACAACAAUCCCAUGUACGUGAAGGCCAUCUCGACCAGCGGGGCGGUGCGCUCGCUCAACUGGGUGGACAACUACAAGCAGCUGCGGCAGCAGUCGCUGCAAAUCUCCUGGCCCGGCUACAUGAUACACGAGAGUGGGGCGUGGUCGGACCUCAAGCAGCGCUGGUUCUUCUUGCCGCGUCGCUGCUCCAAGGAGAAAUACAACGAAACAAAGGACGAGCACAUGGGCUGCAAUGUCCUGUUGUCGGCCGACGAGAAUUUCAACAGCAUCGAGACGAUUCGGCUCGACACGGAGAACAUCGCGCCCACGCACGGCUUCUCCAGCUUCAAGUUCCUGCCCGGCACCGAUGACAGCAUCAUCAUUGCGAUCAAGUCCGAGGAGCUGAACGGCAAGACCUCCACAUUCAUCACAGCCUUUGACGUGGCGUCGGGAAAGACCCUGCUGCCGGAAGCGCACAUCGAAACGGAUUACAAGUACGAGGGAUUCGAGUUCAUUUAGCUUCUGCUUGCAGCCCCCAGUAGAAGGUGCUCCCAGUUGUAAUUGUAUAUAUUGUAUACCACGUAUUAGUGUCUCGUCUCAUACGGUAAGCUUUAUAUUUAUAGUCGAAGUUGUAGAUUAAUUCAGAGAUGCUCAUCACUCGCCUCUUGUACCAUAGCGCAAAUCAAAUUGUAGUUUAUUUUUACCAAAAUACAAAACGUACAAAGCCCGCGGCAAACCAAAACAAUCCC